GGGCGCGUGUCACCGGCGUCGAUCGGAUGUCGUCUCCUUUGACCGGAUAUCUGUGUUGAGGAAGUUUUGUUAUGCGACUUUUCCGUCCCGUUUCGGCUGUCUGGCUAAUUAAUGUCAUUUAACAGGAAAAUGUUAUGACACAACGCUAAGUAAUAACGCUUUUACGCCGUUACGCAUUCACGGGUAACGCACCGGUAUCUGUUCGCAGCCGUGGGACUUUUUGAAAUUAACCCGGGAGCACCUUGCUACAAAGCUAACGUUGCUUAGCCAUUUAGCACGGCGAUCACUAGCCACUGGUUUUCGUUCUGUUGAAGGUUCUCCCGAGCUGCAGGAGCCAUGGGGAACCGGGGUAUGGAGGACCUGAUUCCCCUCAUUAACAAACUUCAAGACGCAUUCAGCUCCAUUGGACAGACCGCUAACUUAGACCUUCCGCAAAUAGCCGUGGUCGGUGGGCAGAGCGCAGGGAAGAGCUCUGUUUUGGAAAAUUUUGUAGGAAGAGACUUCCUUCCACGUGGAUCGGGGAUUGUGACCCGCAGACCGCUUAUUUUGCAGCUGAUCAACAAUAAAGCAGAAUAUGCCGAGUUCCUGCACUGUAAAGGAAAGAAAUUUGUGGAUUUUGACGAAGUGCGGUCGGAAAUUGAAGCGGAGACAGACCGGAUAACGGGCUCCAACAAAGGCAUUUCUCCCAUCCCAAUUAACCUGAGGGUCUACUCCCCACAUGUGCUGAACCUGACCCUGAUUGACCUUCCUGGAAUGACAAAGGUUGCCGUGGGAGAUCAGCCUAUUGACAUUGAGUUCCAGAUCCGGGACAUGUUGAUGCAGUUCAUCACCAAAGAGAGCUGUCUGAUCCUCGCCGUGACACCCGCCAAUACUGACCUGGCCAACUCCGACGCCCUCAAGAUUGCCAAGGAGGUGGACCCACAGGGUAUGCGUACUAUCGGUGUCAUAACAAAACUGGAUCUUAUGGAUGAAGGGACGGAUGCGAAGGACAUUCUGGAAAAUAAACUUCUUCCAUUGCGUAGAGGUUACAUUGGUGUGGUGAACCGCAGUCAGAAAGAUAUUGAUGGAAAGAAGGACAUACGCGCUGCUUUAGCAGCUGAGAGGAAGUUCUUCUUGUCCCAUCCUGCGUACAGACACAUGGCCGAGCGCAUGGGCACGCCGCACCUGCAGAAGACACUCAACCAGCAACUCACAAACCACAUCAGAGACACGCUGCCAGGGCUGCGCAGUAAACUGCAGAGUCAGCUGCUGUCGCUGGAGAAGGAGGUGGAGGAGUACAAGAACUUCAGACCAGACGAUCCCACUCGCAAGACCAAAGCUUUACUGCAAAUGGUGCAGCAGUUUGGUGUGGACUUUGAAAAAUGCAUCGAGGGCUCCGGAGACCAAGUUGACACCAAAGAACUGUCCGGAGGUGCCAAGAUCAAUCGCAUCUUCCAUGAGCGCUUCCCCUUUGAGCUGAUCAGGAUUGUGUUUGAUGAAAAGGAGCUCAGACGGGAAAUCAGUCAUGCAAUCAAGAACGUCCAUGGUGUCAGAACGGGCCUGUUCACUCCUGACCUGGCGUUUGAGGCCAUCGUCAAAAAGCAGAUCAUAAAGCUGAAAACUCCCUGUAUCAAAUGUGUCGAUAUGGUCAUUCAGGAGCUCAUCAACACAGUCAGGCAGUGCACCAACAAGCUCAACUCUUACCCCAGACUGAGAGAAGAGACGGAGAGGAUUGUGACCACCCACAUCAGAGAGACAGAAGGCAAGACCAAGGACCAGGUGCUCCUGCUGAUUGACAUUGAGUUGUCCUACAUCAACACCAACCACGAGGACUUCAUUGGCUUUGCCAAUGCCCAGCAGAGGAGCACAGCAGCGAACAAGAAGAGGCCAAUGCCCAACCAGGUGAUCCGGAAAGGCUGGCUGACCAUCAACAUCAGCAUCAUGAAGGGGGGCUCCAAAGAGUACUGGUUCGUGCUGACCGCCGAGUCACUUUCCUGGUACAAAGACGAGGAGGAAAAAGAAAAGAAAUACAUGCUUCCUCUGGACAACCUAAAGAUCAGAGAUGUAGAGAAAGGCUUUAUGUCCACCAAACAUGUCUUUGCAAUUUUCAACACAGAACAGAGAAAUGUAUACAAGGACCUUCGUCAGAUUGAGUUGGCUUGUGAGUCUCAGGAAGAUGUGGACAGUUGGAAAGCCUCCUUCCUCAGAGCUGGAGUUUACCCGGAGAAGGACCAGUCGGAGGCAGAAGAAUCUGCCCCUGCAGACACAUUUUCCAUGGAUCCUCAGUUGGAGCGUCAGGUGGAGACGAUCCGUAACCUUGUGGAUUCGUACAUUGGGAUCAUUAACAAGUCCAUCCGCGACCUCCUGCCCAAAACCAUCAUGCACCUCAUGAUCAACAAUUCUAAGGACUUUAUCCACUCGGAGCUGCUCGCCUACCUGUAUUCAAGUGGGGACCAGAACAGCCUGAUGGAGGAGUCUGCAGACCAGGCCCAGCGCAGAGACGAGAUGCUGCGCAUGUACCACGCUCUGAAGGAGGCGCUCACCAUCAUUGGAGACAUCAGCGCCAACACCAUCUCCACCCCUGUGCCUCCUCCAGUCAGUGACUCGUGGAUGCAGAACUCCAGCCCUCCCACUCAGCGCAGACCCCCUCCGGCCUCCACCGCUCCUCCGAGUCGACCUCCUGGUGUCCGGGGCUCUACUCCUGGCCCUCCAUCAAACCCCUCUCCUCCGUUUGGUGCUCCUCUCAACCCCUCCCCUGCAUUCGGAGCUCCGCCCAUCCCGUCCCGCCCCGGCCAGCCCAUGAACGCCUUCAACAGUGGCCAAGACCCCUUCAGCGCACCACCACAAAUCCCCUCUAGACCGGCCCGUGUGCCUCCAGGCGUGCCCAGCCGAAGACCCCCUGGUGCUCCUUCUCACCGGCCCACCAUUAUCCGCCCCGCUGAGCCCUCCCUGCUAGACUAGACCUGUGCCCAGGCCCAUCUUUUGGUGUUGGGUUUGGGAGUGAGGGGCGUGCUUCCUCUAUGUGUUCCUCUGCACACUUUCUAGGCCUGUACAUGGCGUGUGAGGGCGAGAGGAGAAAGGCUAAAGCUAUGUCAUAUCAACACAUCAUCCAGAGUUUGAAAUAUGUCAGAUUAAGAAAUGUUGAUAAGCUGCUAAUGUCAUACUGUUAAAGGUGCACUGUGUAACUUUUCUGACUGGGGAGUUCCUUCACCUGCUUGUCUUAUUGCUUAGUCUGUAAUGUUCCACAGCAUGGCAUUAAGUUCAUCUAUCGAGCAUUUAUUUCACUAUGGAUGUUUUACUGCUCAAAAACACAUUGAAAAUUGGUCUCCAUUGAUGUAAUGGAGUUUAAUGCCAUGCUGUGUAAUAUUCUCGGCAAAGCAAUAACAUCUCCAUGAACACAAGCAGGUGAUGGUACCCCCCACCAGAAAAGUUGCAUAUUGCAGCUUUAAGUGUCUAUAAUAAUAAUAAUUACGCCUUAUAACCACUUGAACAAUUUUGCUGUGGACAGUUUUUUUUAAUACUUGGUUUACAGCCUCCUCUCAGCCGAUGUUUAGCCUUUCCAAAACCUUUACCCCGCCGUCCCUGUUCCGUUCACCCCCUAAACACUAUACCCCGUUAUGGAAUCCUCCUAGAUUUCAACCAGUACAAUAUUGUGACUGUUAUAUUGCAAUAUCUUAUUCUUGUAUUUUAUUUGAGUGACUUUUAAUGAUUAAUGUAGCUUUAAAAAUUCAAAACACACACACAGACACAUUCAAGUCAGGAUUUGUAUAUUAAGAGAGAUGCCUUUUUCAAACUUGGAAUGGUCAUAAGAAUGCAACCACUUCCAGUUGUGUGAAUAGACUAACACUAUGCACAAAAAAACAGCAAGGGUAAGGCAUGAUCGAAGCUUUCUCCUUAUCACUAUCAAAAAUUCAUUUUCUCAAUGUUUGUUCAACCCCCAAAAAACAUUUAGCAUUUAUAUAAACUCUUUUUCAUUCCUUAUUGAUCAAAUUUAAGAAAAAAAGCAGGGCGUAUAGGCAAGAAAAUCAGCAUGCGAUUUGUUGUCUUUUUUUCUUUUUUUUUUACAUAGCAGAGCAUACCAUAGUACCCGUAUCCUUUUGAUUAUUUUUGCCUCAAAUAACAGCAUUAAGCUAGCACUAACAGUCAUAAAUUGGCACAUGAACUUUCAAACUAUUAUUUAUCAGCCGGGCAUUUCAACUUUUUGGCAAUGUAUUGUUGGGUACAUAGAGCUGGACAAUUAUAAUAAAAGCUUCUAUGGUAUUAACAUAAUGUAUUUUCUGUUAUAUUUUAUUAAAUGGGUGAAUAGGGGAGUGCCAUUGGGUUAUUUUGAUGUUGCGCUUUCUCAUUUAAUCAAUAGUAAAGGUGAUGGUGGUGGGAGAUUUGUACAAAAAGCAUAUUCUGUCUUGAAAAGCCUUUAUAUGACCAUAAAUAAGAUUAAAUAAACAGGCCUAUGACAGAAUAUACUUUUGAUUUAAGUGCAUAUUCUGGGGUUAUGGUGACAGUUUUAAUAAUGACACCCUUCACCCUGUAUUUUUAAUUGGACAUUUGACAAAUUCACUGUCACUUUAACCAGCUCUAAGAACACUGUAAAUUCUCUGUAAUAUUGUAGUAUUUUUCCUAAGAUGUGUGUAUACCUGCUUCUCUCUUCACUAUAUCUUUUGUUUUCAAGAAAUCCCUUUAUUUUUUGUCAAGUGCCUGUAGCAAUGAACUGAUUUGACCUGAUUUGGAAACUGGAGAGUGAAAUAAAGGGUGUUGUGAAUAAUAAAAAAAAACCUC